GGCGCGCGCGGGGCGCGCGGCCUCGCCCUGCCAGGCCAGGGUGCAGGAGCCCCGCCCGCCCGCGGGGCCGAUGGCCGCCUUCCUGGGCGGCAGCUCCGCCGCCACGCGCGCCGGCGCGGCCGCCAGCGCAGCGGUCGCUGCCGAGCAGGGCUGCUCGAAGGUGGCCGACUUCAUCCUGCUCGCCGGCUGCACUGGUGCCGAGGACACCGACGACUCCAGCGACGAGGACUCGGAGGUGGACGCGGGCAGCGCGGCGGCCGGCGGCGGCGAGGCCUGCCGCGGCGAGGAGGCGGAGGACAAACUUCGCCGGAGGAGGAGCGUGGAGGUCAGAGAGCAGGACUGCGACCUGAUCUGCCCCAUCUGCGACGAGGUGAUGUACCGGCCAGUGCGGACGCAGUGCGACCACGGUUUCUGCUUACCCUGCUUGCUGCUCUGGCUGGAAGAGGGUGCCUCGCAGAGCUGCCCGCUCUGCCGGGGCAGCCUCGCCGACCUCGCGGCCUCGGCGGCGGGCCCGGCGGCGUCGUCCUCGGCGGCGCGGCGGGGCCUCGCCGUGGACUCGGAGUUGGAGAAGCGCGCCAUGGCAUGCCUCGGCAAGGAGGCCUACCUUGAGCGGGAGCUGGACUCGUCGGGGCCCAACCUCAGUCGGCGCGUGCGCGCGUACCGUCGCAAGCUCGACCGCCUCACCGACGGCUCGGACGUCGCCUAUGCAGGCCUCGGGUUCGGGGCUCUCGCGGGCGCGAUGACGGCCUGGGGCUCGAGCACCGCGGCUUACAUGACGACCUUCCUCUCGGCGCACGCGGCGAUCGCGAGCGGCGGCCUGGGGUUGCUGGUGGGCGCCCACAGCGUUGCGAGCGCGGCCUUCUGGGCCGCGAUCCUGAGCGAGGAGGCGCGGUUGGUCUGGCGUUCCAGACGUCGCAGGUCGAGGAUGGAAGUUUCUUGGACGCUCUCGGGGCCACUGCUGGUCUCCCUGUCGAAGUUCCCGCCGGAACCCUCACCAGGAGAGGUCGGAG